AUGGCUUGCUCCGCCCGCGAACCAUUUCGCUCCAUAGGACGACUGCAUAUGGUUUGGGGAGGCGGAAAUGGUCCCGAUCCCUUCCCAGUUACCCAAGCGCCGGAUACCAAGCCCGGAAACUCAAAUCUGUUGCGCAAAAUCCGAGCUUUGGCGACUCCUGCUUACUACCUGGACCGUGCCGGGACCACGUUUUCGACAGCUCCCGGACGGGUACUGUCUCAUAUGGCGGAUCUCCGGGACCUUCAGAGCUAUACUGGCCCCGGGAGUCUGAAGCGUCCCUGUCGCUCGUCUACCCAGUCCAGCGGUCAGAACCCAGGUUCAGACCCAGGAGAGCGGAUCCGUCUAACUAGGGCCUGGACUGGUCAUGGAGUAUCCACUAAUUUGACAUUCCAGACUCCAAAGCCCGAGCAAGGGGCGACUGGGCGUCAAGCCCCAGGGGCUACUUCGCCACACAAUAUACCCCUUUGGGUCUAG